AUGUGUACUUCAAUGGGACCAGAGGAGGUACAGUAUAAGCGAGACAAAGUGAGAAAGUGUGUUAACGAGGGCACCACGGGCAAGGAGGACGGAGAAAACUACUCCAGCCUGCAGGAGAUCACAGAGGAGUCCAGAACCUGGAGGAAACAGAGAAAUGGCUCCCAGGGACUGAAGCGGGGCAUUCAGUGUUUGAGGAGUCAGCGUGCUCUCCUGAUGCGUAUUGGCUUUUUGGCCUCCGUCCGCGCCAAUAUCAUCCUCACUGUGCUGUUGAUUGGCAGGCAUGUAGCAUGUGUUCUCCUGAACUCUUAUGCAUCUGUGGGUUUGAAGCUGAACUCUGUACAGAGAUGUUACAUCCUGCAGUGUGAGGAGGACUACACCCCCCUGGGACAGAGCUGCUAAGAGACAGUCAAGUGGUGUAAGGAAUGUCCAGGGGGAUGGCUUUAUGUUGGGGAUCAGUGUUUCUACUUCAGCAGGGACAAGGUGGACUGGCUGAAAAGCAGAGACAGCUGUGCAGAGACACAGUGCAGCAGCAUGAGAGCGUCCCAGUCAGCCAUGACAGUGUGA